GCCAGUGCGCCUCGUGACGGCGCCGCGAGAGGUUCGUGGUGUUUGUGGCGGUGCGACUUCUCUGUCAGGAGCCUUCGCGAGUGCGUCGGUGAAGCCCGCCCCCCCCUUCUUCACAAUUCUCUUCACCCCGCCGGGCCAGGGAGACUCCAGUGGCUUCCAGCGUCUUCACGUCAGGUCUUCUUGGACUAGAGUCUGCAACGAACAUUACCAUUCCCCCCUCCCCCAUACUUCCAUAUCGAAAAGAUCUUCAAGAAUUGAAGGUGCAAGAUUCUAAGAAAGCUGUUUCUUAAUCUGCACCCGCUGAAGAAACCAGCGCAAAACUGACGGAGAUGAAUUCAACAAAAGUCGUAAUGCUCUUCUUCUCGCAACGGAGUACAGAAACUUCAACCUCCUGAGAGUAAUUCAGCCGCAGUAUAAUUUCGGUCGCCGACGGGCGGAUGAGCCCGGCUGAUGGAAGCGUGUCGCGGGCUCGUGCUGCUGUGGCUGGCGGGCGCGGGCGCGCAGCGACCACGCCUGGAGCUCAGCACCGAGUUCUUCCUGGUGCCGGCCGUCGUGGCGCCCUCCGCCGCCAACGGCAGCCACCACCACCACCAGCCCCAGGAGGCGGCGGGGCUGCUGCGGCGCGAGCCCUGGGUCAUCCCCCUGCUGGUGCUGUCCUCGCUCACCAUGCUGCUCAUCGCCGGCUUCGAGGUGUUCGUGGUGUGCAAGGCGUGGCGCACGACCCCCAGCCGCCGCCACUUGUUCCUGGGCCAGACGCUGCUGCUGGGGUUGUUCGCGUGCUCGGCGCUAGGGGCGCUGCUGGCCGCGGCCCCCACUCCCGCCACGUGCGCCGCCGUGCGCUUCGGCGCCGGCGUGUCGUACGCCGUGGUGUUCGCGGCGCUGCUCGUCAAGUGCGUGUUCCUCAUCAGCCUGAACGGCGGCGUGUACCUGCCGGCGCCCUACCAGGCGCUGCUGCUGCUCUUCGCCGUGCUCAUCCAGGUCGCGGUGGGCGCGCAGUGGCUGCUGAACGCGCCGCCCGCCGUGCGGCUGCUGGCGCUGGAGCGCGCCGCCCCCGCCGCCCCCACCGGCCCCCGGCUCGUCGUCACGGCGCACGACCUGCGCUCCGCCCCCGCGCUGCCGCUCUGCCGCACGCCCUACACCGACCUGCUCAUGUCGCUGCUAUACGUCAUGUGCCUCAUCCUGUUCGUCGCCGUGCUCGCCAUCAAGUCCCGCGGCAUCCGCGACAACUACCGCGAGGCGACGUUCAUCGGCCUGGCGGUGGGCUGCAGCAUCCUGAUCUGGGUGUGCUGGGCGCUGGGCGGGCUGGCCGUGGCGGAGCGGCACCGGGACGCCUGCCUCGCCUUCGGCCUGGUGGCCACGGCGGCGGCCGUCUUCCUCGUCAUGUUCAUGCCCAAGGGGCGGCAGCUGGCGGCGGCCGGGCGCGACGGCGUGUACGUGGAGGACCGCGAGGAGCGCUUCAGCUCGCUGAGCCAGCCGGGCUCGGGCUACUCCCCGUCCUUCUUCCACUUCAAGCCGCCCCCGCCCCUGCCGCCGCCGCUCUGCAAGGCGGUGCACCUGCAGCAGUCGCUGGCCGAUCGCGUGGCCUUGGUGGCGGCCCCACCCAGCUGCUCCCGAAUGUAUCACUACUACCCGUACUGUUACUACCCCCGCUACCCAGGAGGCGUGUACGUGAAGCCAGACGAUCUCAGCAUGUACACCACGCUGGAGCCCACCUUCUCCAGCAACCCCAACGUGUUCUUCCAGCGAGGAGGCGUGCACCCGGGCAUGAUGUACUGAUCUCACAAGGUUGCCCACUUCAUCUCGCUAAGAGUGAGAAAUACUGUGGUCCCUUUCUUCCGGAGUACAACUUCUGCUGGAUCAAACCAAGUCUUUCCUGCUGAAGGGAAAGAAGGCUUGGACAUCCAGAAGACAGUUUGUGAUGGUAGUUAGAGGGUGACAUGGCGAAACUGUGGCUGGCGACAAAUUGGUGCAAUAAAACUGAAUUUUUGACGCUUUGACAGAAAGGCGAUUAAGUGAGCAGCAGGUGCAAAAACAAAACUAUUCAUACUUUACGUAACUUGUAAAUAGACUCAGUGGGAAAAAAAAAAACUUGCCAGUAUUUACGUCGAACAUUCCGCUGUCCACAGAGUGUAAAGUGUUGCAAAAAAUUCAAGUUGUGCAGCAACGGCACAAGUAUUACCUAUCGCUUUGUUUCCACAGAAAAUUGUGCCAAUACAUCGAAGACUUUCGACAGUUAAGUCACUUUGUGCAUUAUGUGCGAAUCUGGGAAACAAUUAGUUCCCCAAAUUUUUAUUUUUCUGAGUUCAAAAGUGAAUUAGAGAACAAAAGAUUAGAAAUGUUGCUUAAACUGCUUCCUUAAAUCAAACAUUAUCAUUUGAAUCCCAUGACUAUUGAUUUUGUACAACUUAAUAAUUAAUGUUGAUCUGGAUGUAAAUGAUUUAAUGUCUCAAUAUUUCAGGAAGUAACAUUUUUUUUGACAGUGUAAUGCUUACCCUGAAAGUUGUACCAUUACUCAAAGAAUAAUAUAAAAAAAGGAGGUAAA